UGGGGGUGCGUAGAGGGACCGUCAGGCACAGUCAGACCCAGGAUCAGUACGGGGGAAGACAGCACAAGGAGCCAUGAAAGAGAAAGAGGGUGGCUUCCUCUGUAGCGAUUAGUCCUAUCAGCAGUGGCUAGCUGGGAGAAAGGGAGAAAGAGAGAGAAGCGAGGGUCAAGCCAUCUCCGUGGCUAAACAGGAAGAGGAAGUGCCGAACAGGAACGGGACGAAAGGACCAUAGAGGGGGACGAUGAAGAACCAGGAUGACGGAGGCACAGAGGAUGGAGGGAUGAAGGAGAAAGAGGGGACGCCGGCGGGGGUGGUGGAGGGCGAGAACGAAAAGUGGACCAAAGACCGGCGGAACACGGCGGAGCAGGGGGAGCGGGCCGAGGGGAAGCAGGCGGGCCGCCACUCGGGCUCGCUCUCGCGGGCCGGCUGGGUGCUGGGCGAGCGGCUGGCCAUCAACGUGUCGGGCAUGCGCUACGAGACCCAGCUGCGCACGCUGGCGCAGUUCCCCGACUCGCUGCUGGGCGACCCGCGCCGGCGGCUGCGCUACUUCGACCCGCUGCGCAACGAGCUCUUCCUGGACCGCAACCGCGUCUGCUUCGACGCCAUCCUCUACUUCUACCAGUCGGGCGGCCGCCUGCGCCGGCCCGCCAACGUGCCGCUCGACGUCUUCAUGGACGAGCUGCGCUUCUACGAGCUGGGCGACGACGUCCUGGCGCGCUUCCGCGACGACGAGGGCUUCCCCAAGGAGGAGCCCCGCCUGCUGCCCGGCAACAAGCUCCAGCGCCGGCUGUGGAUGCUGUUCGAGCACCCGGAGUCCUCGUCCGGCGCCCGGAUCAUCGCCAUCGUCAGCGUCAUGGUCAUCGUGGUCUCCAUCCUCAUCUUCUGCCUGGAGACCCUGCCCGAGUUCCGGCACGAGAAGGAGAGAGAGUCAACCGCACAUCACCACCACCCCCACACCAGCGCCAACGCCAACAGCAGCACCCCCGCCCACCCUCCGCACAACCCCUUCGUCGACCCCUUCUUCCUGGUGGAGACCAUGUGCAUCUGCUGGUUCUCCUUCGAGCUGAUAAUGCGCUUCUCCUGCUCGCCCAGCAAGACGCUGUUCUUCAAGGACGUGAUGAACGUCAUCGACUUCUUCGCUAUCAUUCCCUACUUCAUCACGCUGGGCACCGAGCUGGCCAAGUCCAAGGGCACGUCCCCGGCCAUGUCGCUGGCCAUCGUCAGGGUCAUCCGGCUGGUGCGCGUCUUCCGGAUCUUCAAGCUCUCCCGCCACUCGAAGGGGCUCCAGAUCCUGGGCCAGACGCUGAGGGCCAGCCUCCGCGAGCUGGCCCUCCUCAUCUUCUUCCUCUUCAUCGGAGUCAUCCUCUUCUCCAGCGCCGUCUACUUCGCCGAGGUCGACCACAAGGAGACGGCCUUCACCAGCAUCCCCGAGGCCUUCUGGUGGGCGGUGGUGUCCAUGACGACGGUGGGCUACGGGGACAUGUACCCGGUGACGGUGGGCGGGAAGCUGGUGGGCACCAUGUGCGCCAUCGCAGGCGUGCUGACCAUCUCGCUGCCCGUGCCCGUCAUCGUCUCCAACUUCAGCUACUUCUACCACCGGGAGACGGAGUGCGAGGACACCACGGAGUACAGGCACGUCAGCACCUCGCUGUGGGAGAAUGAGGACGACGGGCAGGGCGGAGGGGAGGGGGGCGGCGACUACCUGCCUCUGGAGGCGGAGGGCAACGGGGGCAUCUGCGUCCCGCUCAACCGGACCCUGCUCAAGGGACUGUGUUCUGGGCAGGGGGCGGAGCAGAGAGGAGGGAACAUGUAUCUGAGAGAGCCGCUGGUUACCCAGGUCUGAGAGAAAAAGGAGAUGUAUACAUAAAAUCACACACACACACACACACACACAUAUACACACAUACACACACACACACAUACACAUACAGACCCUAAUCUUAACCUAAUUCUAACCCUAAACCCUAAGUCUUAACCCUAAAACAACCUCUUGAAAUUGUGAGCACCAGCAAAAUGUCCUCACUUCCCGUAAUCUUCCUCAUCUUUCUAUCCUUGUGAGGACAUUAUGGUCCUCACAAAGAUAGUAGUACAAACACACACACAUAGACAUACACACACACACACACACACACAGACACACAUACACACACGCAGACACACACAAACACACACACUCACACAUGCACACACACACACAAAUACACACAUUGUAUUUGUAUUACAUUGCUUUGUAUUACAAAGAAACAAACACAGCACGCAGACUGGGCAACUUUGCACACAGAAAGUAAAAUGAGUUAAUACCCGUGUAAAGGACAGAAUAAAACAAAAUUGCAAGUUUGAUGUUUAUUCAUAUUUUACUACUGUAUGGUACCUUCAGAGACAAAAGAGUUACAGCUGGCUUUAUUUAUUUAUGUAUUUAUGAUUGUGUUUAUUAGUCAUUAUUAUUCAUUAUAACUUUUUUGAGUUUGAUCUAAAGUUAACUGUAUAUUUAUUUGUAAAGCUAAAACGUGAUGUAUAUCUGAAAUGAACUGGCUUACGGUUUGUUCUAAUAACUUCUAAUAGACGCAUAUCAUUAUGCUUUUUUGUGUCUGGUAACUUUCACUGGUAAAUUUAAUAUUGUUGCCUAGAUAAGGGUAACCACACACACAAACAUACAUAUAUAUUUCUCAUAUCCUCCUGAAACCUGACAGAAAAAGUGUAGGCAUUUUAGUGUUUAUGACAUAAUACACGUCUUGGACAAGAGCAUAUAUUUUCUAAAUUAUUAUAUAUUUAAUUUUAUUGAAUGUCCAUCGUAGUGUUGGUUUCGGAAGAACUGAAUAAAUGGCUCCAGAGAUUAAGACCAGAGACCCAUGUCUCCUACAGGGGACAAACACAAACAGCUGCGUCUGAGGAGGAUAUAAUUCAGUAUUCUCCAGGGUAAGUUUAGACUCCCAGGUAGAAUUCUUUAUUGAGGUUUUAUAAGGCACACAUGUCUUCAGUCGGAAAGAGACACCAUGCCUAGAGUAUGAAUGUCUGGCAGUCUUUCGGGUUGAAGUCUGGCGUGGGCAACAUGAGAGCACACUGUGGUAUACUGUACCGCAUUGUUUACCAUUCUGUAAUGUACUACCCCAGGUUUUAUGUUAACUAUGCAGAAGACUGACGGGGGGGGGGGGUAUUGAGAGAGAGGUGUUGUGUGUGUGUGUGCGCGCGUGUGGGUGUUUGUCCUUGUCUGCACAUAUUGUGUAAUCUUUAUUUAUAAAUAUGUAUUGGUAUAUAUUCAAUAAAACUUCCCUGCAGGUUUUGCUGGGUACAUAGCGAUAGAAA